UCCAGGGCCACUACAGUUGAGAGAGUCAAAAAAGUACAAAAAAUAACCAAAGAAAGAUAUGAUCGACAAUUGAGAGUCUUUGAAAAUUUAGACAAGGGAGAUUCUGUCUUAGUCUAUAAGGCUUCACAAGCUACUUCGAAAAGCAACAAACUCGACUCUAAAUGA